AUGCAUCCCGUUAGUCUCGCGGGUUCAGUCAGCGCGUCCGAAACAGCGCGAUCGUUCCUCGCGACGCCACGACCCUCGCAACGCGCUCGUCGCCGCAAUGCAUCCAAUUCCUCUCCGCACGGUCACAUUGCCUCGCACAGCGCCGCCGAUCGUCGCUUAAACUCGCAGAUCGCUCGUUCCGCAUUCCCAUCCGCAGCAACACUCACAGCAGCACCAGCACCAAACUCACGAUCCACUCGUCCACGUCAGCACGUCGCCGUGCGUGCAGCUGCCGACGGCGAUGGCGGAGUUGAUUACACCGCCUCCGCUGAGACUGUCGGCACGGCGGCGGAACCUGCGAGCUCGUCGUCGCAAGGAUCACUUACCGCUGAGCCAAUUGCGCGCACCAAAACCUCCAGUAGCAGUAGCAGCAGCGGCGGCGGGGGAUCGUCCGCGCUGGAUAAGCUCCGCGAGCUUCUGCGCGCGGCGGAGGCGGAGCUGGAAAAGGCGUGCGCGCGGACCGUAGAGACGGAGGAGGAGGCGCGCAGAGUGGCGGAACGCGCCAUAGAGAUCUCCGACGCCGCCGCCAAGGCGGAAGCCGCCGCGGAUGCCGCGAUGGCGCAGGUGGAGGCGGAGCUGGCGGAGGAGACACUGGCGCAGGAUGCGCUGCGGCAGGCUGAGGCGGCGUUUCACGAGCAGGCGGAGGUGCUGGUGGCAGCGGAGGCGCAGCAACAGGCGGUGGAGGCGGGGAUGGCGGGGAUGGCGGGGAUGGCGGGGAUGGCGGGGAUGGCGGGGAUGGCGGAACAGGGGGUUCAGGAGGGGGAAAGCUUGCGGUCGGGCGUGGUUAACUUGGUGCAGGAGGUGCGGGAGGAGCUUGCGCGGCGGGAGGCGGAACUGAGAGCGCGGACGGAGGCAGCAACGCGCUCGGCUGAAAGGCGGGUGAGGGCGCAGGAGGAGGCGUCCGCGCUGGUGGCGGCAGCGAGGGAGGCACGGGCGCGCGCGGGGCAGGCGGAGGAGGAGGUGGGGGAGCGCAUGGGCGUGGCGGAGAGGGCGGUGGCGUUCGAACUGGAGGCGACUCAGAGCGUGGCGGAGGCCGCCAAGGCGUUGGCGAGGGCGGAGAAACUGGUUACUGAUAUCGCCAAGGCGGAGGCGGAGGCAGCGAAGCUGGGCGCGGAGAAGGAGGCGCUGCUGGCGAGCGAGGUGGCGGGCGUGUCAGCCGCGCUGCGCGCCACUGUGAAGGGCGGGCGGGCCGCUGCUGGCAUGCCCACCACUGACUCCGAUAGCGACUCUGACAGGGACUCUGAUAAGGACUCUGAUAGGGACGCGGGUAGUGAGUUGGUUACUAAGUCUGAUCUGGAAGGAAAGGGUGUGAAGGAAGGGGAGGCGAGGGAGGAUGUGGGAGGGGUCGUUGCAGAGGCGGUGGGGAAGGCAGAGGAUAAGGGGAAGAAGGGGAUGGAGGCUGGAGCAGAGGAGGCAGCAGGGGAGGAGCGAGGGGUUGGGCGAAGUGCGGCGGUCGAUGAGGGAGAGAAGGACGUGCGGAAGGAUGGGGUUAAGGAUGGCUUGAAGGAGGGGGGGAUAAAGGGAAGGGAGGCUGAUCUGGCACCCAGCGCCCCUGCAGGCACUGCUGCUGGAGAUGCGAUCAAGGGUGAUUCAGGGGAGGUGGGAGCUGGGGAGGAGGAGGAAACAGCAGCAGCAGCAGCAGUCCCCGGCUCGGAUGAAGCUGCUGGCCCCUCCUCCGGCCCCUCUUCCAAAUCACCCUCCUCCUCCUCCUCCUCCUCUUCUUCCUCGUCCUCCUCCGCCUCAUCUCCCACCAAGAAGUCAUCGCAGUUCUUCUCAGCGUCAUUCUUCUCAGCGGACGGGCACGAGGUGGAGGAUGCGCUCAAGUGGGUGCGAUCCGCACUGCCCUCGCUGCUGCGCCACCUGCCCAAGCUGCUGCUCGCGCUCACCGUGCUCCUCCUCGGGUCAGUGCCGUGUGCUGCUGCCAUGCUUGCUUGUUGUGCCGCUCCCAUGCACUCCUCUGCUGCUUCCGGGCCAAAACUGGCCCUCGGCGUGGCACUCAAAGCGCGCAUGGUGCACAGGGCAGGAGGGCACACACCUCGCGCUACAGUGGUGCAGAUGGACGCCGUGCAGGGACGGGGACUGGCUGGGGCCGCAGGGGACGCCGCCACGCAGGAAGCAGCGGCACUAGGGUCAGCAGUGGGGGCGGUGGGGCAGCAGCAGCAGCAGGUGCAGGCGCCAGUUGCCACGGGCGUUGGGAGGACACUGUUCUUCAUUACCUGUCCGAUCUCUACCUGCCUAUCCCCUGUCCGAUCUCUACCUGCCUAUCCCCUGUCCGAUCUCUACCUGCCUAUCCCCUGUCCGAUCUCUACCUGCCUAUCCCCUGUCCGAUCUCUACCUGCCUAUCCCCUGUCCGAUCUCUACCUGCCUAUCCCCUGUCCGAUCUCUACCUGCCUAUCCCCUGUCCGAUCUCUACCUGCCUAUCCCCCGUCCGAUCUCUACCUGCCUAUCCCCUGUCCGAUCUCUACCUGCCUAUCCCCUGUCCGAUCUCUACCUGCCUAUCCCCUGUCCGAUCUCUACCUGCCUAUCCCCUGUCCGAUCUCUACCUGCCUAUCCCCUGUCCGAUCUCUACCUGCCUAUCCCCUGUCCGAUCUCUACCUGCCUAUCCCCUGUCCGAUCUCUACCUGCCUAUCCCCUGUCCGAUCUCUACCUGCCUAUCCCCUGUCCGAUCUCUACCUGCCUAUCCCCUGUCCGAUCUCUACCUGCCUAUCCCCUGUCCGAUCUCUACCUGCCUAUCCCCCGUCCGAUCUCUACCUGCCUAUCCCCUGUCCGAUCUCUACCUGCCUAUCCCCUGUCCGAUCUCUACCUGCCUAUCCCCUGUCCGAUCUCUACCUGCCUAUCCCCUGUCCGAUCUCUACCUGCCUAUCCCCUGUCCGAUCUCUACCUGCCUAUCCCCCGUCCGAUCUCUACCUGCCUAUCCCCUGUCCGAUCUCUACCUGCCUAUCCCCCGUCCGAUCUCUACCUGCCUAUCCCCUGUCCGAUCUCUACCUGCCUAUCCCCUGUCCGAUCUCUACCUGCCUAUCCCCUGUCCGAUCUCUACCUGCCUAUCCCCUGUCCGAUCUCUACCUGCCUAUCCCCUGUCCGAUCUCUACCUGCCUAUCCCCUGUCCGAUCUCUACCUGCCUAUCCCCUGUCCGAUCUCUACCUGCCUAUCCCCUGUCCGAUCUCUACCUGCCUAUCCCCUGUCCGAUCUCUACCUGCCUAUCCCCUGUCCGAUCUCUACCUGCCUAUCCCCUGUCCGAUCUCUACCUGCCUAUCCCCUGUCCGAUCUCUACCUGCCUAUCCCCUGUCCGAUCUCUACCUGCCUAUCCCCCGUCCGAUCUCUACCUGCCUAUCCCCUGUCCGAUCUCUACCUGCCUAUCCCCCGUCCGAUCUCUACCUGCCUAUCCCCUGUCCGAUCUCUACCUGCCUAUCCCCUGUCCGAUCUCUACCUGCCUAUCCCCUGUCCGAUCUCUACCUGCCUAUCCCCUGUCCGAUCUCUACCUGCCUAUCCCCUGUCCGAUCUCUACCUGCCUAUCCCCUGUCCGAUCUCUACCUGCCUAUCCCCUGUCCGAUCUCUACCUGCCUAUCCCCUGUCCGAUCUCUACCUGCCUAUCCCCCGUCCGAUCUCUACCUGCCUAUCCCCUGUCCGAUCUCUACCUGCCUAUCCCCCGUCCGAUCUCUACCUGCCUAUCCCCUGUCCGAUCUCUACCUGCCUAUCCCCUGUCCGAUCUCUACCUGCCUAUCCCCUGUCCGAUCUCUACCUGCCUAUCCCCCGUCUGAUCUCUACCUGCCUAUCCCCUGUCCGAUCUCUACCUGCCUAUCCCCUGUCCGAUCUCUACCUGCCUAUCCCCUGUCCGAUCUCUACCUGCCUAUCCCCUGUCCGAUCUCUACCUGCCUAUCCCCGUCCGAUCUCUACCUGCCUAUCCCCUGUCCGAUCUCUACCUGCCUAUCCCCUGUCCGAUCUCUACCUGCCUAUCCCCUGUCCGAUCUCUACCUGCCUAUCCCCUGUCCGAUCUCUACCUGCCUAUCCCCUGUCCGAUCUCUACCUGCCUAUCCCCCGUCCGAUCUCUACCUGCCUAUCCCCUGUCCGAUCUCUACCUGCCUAUCCCCUGUCCGAACUCUACCUGCCUAUCCCCUGUCCGAUCUCUACCUGCCUAUCCCCUGUCCGAUCUCUACCUGCCUAUCCCCUGUCCGAUCUCUACCUGCCUAUCCCCUGUCCGAUCUCUACCUGCCUAUCCCCUGUCCGAUCUCUACCUGCCUAUCCCCUGUCCGAUCUCUACCUGCCUAUCCCCUGUCCGAUCUCUACCUGCCUAUCCCCUGUCCGAUCUCUACCUGCCUAUCCCCUGUCCGAUCUCUACCUGCCUAUCCCCCGUCCGAUCUCUACCUGCCUAUCCCCUGUCCGAUCUCUACCUGCCUAUCCCCUGUCCGAUCUCUACCUGCCUAUCCCCUGUCCGAUCUCUACCUGCCUAUCCCCUGUCCGAUCUCUACCUGCCUAUCCCCUGUCCGAUCUCUACCUGCCUAUCCCCUGUCCGAUCUCUACCUGCCUAUCCCCCGUCCGAUCUCUACCUGCCUAUCCCCUGUCCGAUCUCUACCUGCCUAUCCCCUGUCCGAUCUCUACCUGCCUAUCCCCUGUCCGAUCUCUACCUGCCUAUCCCCUGUCCGAUCUCUACCUGCCUAUCCCCUGUCCGAUCUCUACCUGCCUAUCCCCCGUCCGAUCUCUACCUGCCUAUCCCCUGUCCGAUCUCUACCUGCCUAUCCCCUGUCCGAACUCUACCUGCCUAUCCCCCGUCCGAUCUCUACCUGCCUAUCCCCUGUCCGAUCUCUACCUGCCUAUCCCCCGUCCGAUCUCUACCUGCCUAUCCCCUGUCCGAUCUCUACCUGCCUAUCCCCUGUCCGAUCUCUACCUGCCUAUCCCCUGUCCGAUCUCUACCUGCCUAUCCCCUGUCCGAUCUCUACCUGCCUAUCCCCCGUCCGAUCUCUACCUGCCUAUCCCCUGUCCGAUCUCUACCUGCCUAUCCCCUGUCCGAUCUCUACCUGCCUAUCCCCUGUCCGAUCUCUACCUGCCUAUCCCCCGUCCGAUCUCUACCUGCCUAUCCCCUGUCCGAUCUCUACCUGCCUAUCCCCUGUCCGAUCUCUACCUGCCUAUCCCCUGUCCGAUCUCUACCUGCCUAUCCCCUGUCCGAUCUCUACCUGCCUAUCCCCUGUCCGAUCUCUACCUGCCUAUCCCCUGUCCGAUCUCUACCUGCCUAUCCCCCGUCCGAUCUCUACCUGCCUAUCCCCUGUCCGAUCUCUACCUGCCUAUCCCCUGUCCGAUCUCUACCUGCCUAUCCCCUGUCCGAUCUCUACCUGCCUAUCCCCUGUCCGAUCUCUACCUGCCUAUCCCCUGUCCGAUCUCUACCUGCCUAUCCCCUGUCCGAUCUCUACCUGCCUAUCCCCCGUCCGAUCUCUACCUGCCUAUCCCCUGUCCGAUCUCUACCUGCCUAUCCCCUGUCCGAACUCUACCUGCCUAUCCCCCGUCCGAUCUCUACCUGCCUAA